AAUUAAUCAGUUGUUCGGAAGAUAGACGCGAGCUAACAUAGUAACUUGAAACUUGUUUAAGUUAAGUUUGUUACCACACAAUCGGUUAAUAUUUUUUUAUAUAAAAUGAAGCAUCAAUUGUGUUUUGGAGUACUACUCUCAGUGAUUCUUUCACUUCAACUUGUUAAUGGACAAGUUCCAUUCCCCGGAAAUUGCCCUGAAGUAAAAGUCCAAGCUGACUUUCAGCUUGCCGAUUAUAUGGGAGUUUGGUAUGAGUACGAAAAGUAUCCAUUUGUAUUUGAAGUUGGUAGAAAAUGUAUGUACGCGAUAUACAACAAAACUAGCGAUGACUCAAUAUCUGUUAUGAAUGCUGCUAUCAAUAAAUUCACCGGCAAGCCAUCCAAUACGACUGGUUCAGCAAAGGUUAUUGCUUCUGGACAAUUAUCUGUUUCAUUCCCCAACUCAAGAACUGCAAAUUCCACAAAAGUCAAUUACGAGGUCUUAGGAACUGAUUACGAAACAUUUGCAGUUGUUUAUUCAUGCAGCAAUGUGUUGCGCGUUGCACACACAAAAUUGCUUUGGGUGCUGACACGUGAUCAGAAUCCUUCUGAAGCAGUUAUUGAAAAAGCUAAAGCUGUUAUUGAUGCUAAUAAUUUGAAUAAGACAUUCCUCUUGAAGACUAAACAAACCGAUUGUGAUGAUAAAGAGGACGAACCAGACACAACUGAAGAUGGAGUAAAUGAUGCAACGACAGUUGCACCAGAGCCAGCAAUGUAAAGUCUUUCGAACAACAAUAGAGACUUUAAUUUAAAAUUGAAAUGUGUUAAUGUUAUACUAAUAAGCUUUUA